AGCAGUUGACAGCGGAAGUUCACGGUAACUACCCCGUAGCGGCAUCCCAGGUUCGCGGCCCGGUGAUCUGCAUUCCGCCCGCCAUCAGCCUGCCUGCCUGCUUGCCCGCCUGCCCGCCUGCUCGCCUGCCCGUCGAGCACUGCCAUGGACAGCCCUUUCGAAGCCCCCGGUCGCUUUCCCACGGCCGUGGACGGCUUCCACAGGCAUUCGCAGAGCACCAGCAGCCACCUCGGUCUUGAUUUCUCGUCCAUGAUGCACCCGCAGCUGGGGUCUGGCCAACGCGCGCCGAGCGAUGCCGCCCGACUGCCGAGCAGCGGUGACGGUGGCGCCGGCGCCGGCGUCGGCGCCCCAUAUGAAUCACACGACGACCUCUGCGUCGACCGCUGCAUGGGCGUGGGACUCUACAACGGCUCCCAGCAGUUCAACCACCGCGGUGGCCCGGGCUCGCUCCAAACCCGCCGGCCUCGCGACAGUUCCGUCUCCCGCUUCGACUUCCCGCUCGGCCUCAACGAGUGGUCAGUGCCUCCUCCCACGGACCCUUAUCAGUCGUGGUUCAGCCAGCAUCAUCUCCCGGCGCCUGCCGUCCCCUGCAGUGACGAGGACUGCCAGUCCCUCGGCGACAGCUGCUGCGACAGCCAGUGCACCAUGACCGGCAAGUGCACCAACAUCGCCUGUGCCGACACCGAAGACGCCUGUACCGACCAGAACUGCCCCUCGCGUCCUUCUGUGUCUGUGCCCUCCUCCGAGGUGGUCAACGGUGCAGCCGCUCUCAUCUCCAUCAACCACUCCCCCGAGGAAUCCCCUGACCACUUCGGCCUGCAACAGCCAGUCAUGGGUAGUCUGGACUUUGGUCUCACCGCCAACACCCCGCAGACCUUCUUGCUGCCUUCUGGAUUCCUGCCAGGCCCACUCGGAAACAUGGCCAACCACCUGCUGGUCGCCCACGGCGAUGCCGGCCCAUCCAACUGCACGAGACCGUGCCCUCUGGACGACCCCCAAAACUACCCCUUCUGCCACUUGCCCCUCUAUAACAACCCUUCCACGUUUUCUCACUUCAACCCCGUUGGCUCCGACCUCGAGACGAACCCGAGUUUCGUUGAGUGCGGAGCCGAGAUCCACGACCCUGAGUCUUUCUUGGCACACUUCAACUCUCAGCACCGGCCCUACUUUACGACUAGUGGCGUGCCCAACCUUGUACGUGCCUCGACCGAAGCCACCGAAGCCUCGCAGCCCGGCCGGCAGUCCAUCCUCGCUUCCACUGAAGCCAUGUCGCCCCCGGCUACGCCUCUCGACACGUCCGAUUCUGGGAGAUCGUCAGGGACGCCCUCCCCACUCACUCCGCUCUCGAAUAGCGUCGAGAUGACGGACGCUAAGCCUGAAGCCUCGCCCCAUGUGCGCAGCACAUCCGUCACCUCCUCUGCGGACCACUCUCUCGAGCUCGGCGCCGAGGAGGAACACCGGUGUCUCUGGCGUGACGAGGCCACCUCUGCUAUCUGCGGGCAGAUUUUCUCCGAUGCCGAGGAGCUUUUUCGACACGCUUCGGAAGCCCACAUUAAGCACGCGCCCAAGGGAGCACAGGGAUUCCGUUGCGGCUGGAAUGACUGUCCACGCAGCGAGCCUGGCGCCGCGGGAUUUCCGCAGAGAAGCAAGAUUGAGAGACACAUGCAAACUCAUAUUGGCCACAAGCCUCACAUCUGCCCAACAUGUAACAAAGGCUUCUCGGCGAAGCAAGCGCUCACUCAGCACAUGUUUAUCCAUAGCAACGAGAAGCCUUUGGUGUGCAACAUCUGUCAGAAAGCAUUCAGAUACCCCAGCGCUCUCACUAUGCACCAGCGUGUCCAUUCGGGUCUGAAGCCGCUAAAAUGCCCUGUGUGUGGGAAAGGCUUCAGCGAGUCGUCCAACCUCUCCAAGCACAAGCGCACCCACGAGGUCAAGGGCCGCUUCAUUUGCACCGUUCCCGGCUGCGACCGCAAUUUCCACCGCCAGGACCAGCUACGGCGGCACAUGAAAACGCACCAAAAGGAGCCGUCAGUGGCGAGCCGAGAGAGCACCCUGGAGCAGCUCCCGCAAACCUGAUGUUUCUCUUGGGUUCUCGAGCCCUACUUGCUCACGAAAUAGGGGGUUUCAUGGCCGAGACUGCCGCCUGCUGCUAUCAUCGCGCUACAGCAGACCCAAGCAGCCGCCGGCGCCGUGGCCGAGGUGGCACUCUACGGGAUGGAUCCAGCGCAGCCGCGGAGGCCGAUUG